GAAAUUUGAAUUCCCUCAUAUUUUAUGCUAAACCUAAUUCAAAUGCAAGAAUUGAUAUGGCAUUUUAUAUAUAUAUGUGUGUAUUUUCCUUCAUUAAUGUCUCUUUGAUUUCUGUUGCAAUACCACUAAAGUUGUUUACUAGGAAGUCAGACCUUCUGAAAGGAGUGGUUAGGAGGAGCGUGCAAAAGGAGGGCAGAUUAGAUGUGUGUAUGCAUGUGUACGUAACUCUGCUAAAAGAAGAUCUAGAAAAAUAAAACUACAAGUCGAAGACACAGCAAGGACAUGGAUGAAGAGUCUGUGACAGACACCGAGUCUGAAUCAGCAUCUCAAUGGGAUCCAAAGAGUAGCACUGAAUCUGAGAGCUGGAGUGAGGGCAGCAGAGAAAACAGAAGUAAAAAAAGAAAGAAAACAAGAAAACAAACCUCGUUCACCAAGUUUUCAAGACAAUCAAUUGAAAAGAAACGUGAACUUGAUGUCACAUGUGGGGAUAAAGAAGGCAUCCUGAAUCUGGAGAAGUAUAAUAAUGACAUUCAGGAGUGUAUCUUCAGUGAAGGCCGGUGGUUUACGCCGAGCGGCUUUGAGAAGUUUGGAGGAAGGGAAAGAAGCAAGAAGUGGAAAAACAGCAUCCGAUGUGAUGGCCUUCCAAUCCAAGAGCUUUUGGAUAUGAUGCAGACAUAUGGAGACAGUGCAAGCACUGUGCAGAAUGAAACUAUGACCUCUGAAUUAUUAAACUCUUUAAAAGAUUUCCCAGAGUCAUGGAAAAGCUUGUUUUCCAAAACUCUAAAAGUACAUGUGUGUAGAAAUGAAGGGGAAAUACUCCGGAAGCAAACAACCCAGACAGCACAUACAGACAGUUCUUCAGAUGAGUCUGUAUCUGUUGCUGAAAGAGUUAAAACGAGCAGGAGAGAUUUUGUGAUUUCAACUGAAACUGUCAGCAAAAUGGUGGAAUCUUCUAGCAAUGAUGAAGCACAUACAGACAGUUCUUCAGAUGAGUCUGUAUCUGUUGCUGAAAGAGUUAAAACGAACAGGAGAGAUUUUACGAUUUCAACUGAAAAUGUCAGCAAAAUGAUCACUCAACAGGUGGAAUCUACUCACAAUGAUAAAGAUUCUCCUGCACACCCCAAUGAUGCUUCAGAGCCUGCAGGAUAUUCGGUCAUAGAGGAGGCAGUUCAACCUACAGAAGAAGUAGCUCUGCUCGGCUUCAGUUCUCCUCAUGCUCAAUGGCAGAACCCUGUUGAACCAGAAGACACUCAGGAAAUAGGCCAAAUGCAGUUAUUUGAAUUUCUGGCUAAACAGUUUAAUACUGUUAACGACACCUUAAAAUCAAUCGAUGCAACUUUAAAGAAGCUGGUAGAAAAGCAGUUACAUGACUCUCUGCCACAUUAUAACCAGGAGCACCUCACAUGUCAUAAAAAUUGAAGCUCUGGGUCCUUUGAUCGCCCUCUAGUGGUUCAAUGCAAUACAGAUAUCAAACCACACCCCUUUAUGUAAACUAAUGGAAGUUCAAACAAACAAAAAUAAUUGAAAGUUCAA